GGUAAAGCCUGGUUUUUCCGAGAUUCACAACCUCACUGGCAAAACAGCUGGACAAUUGACCGGAGAAACAUGGUCAUCCCAGCCCCCGUGACAGCAUGCAGCCAAGAACGGUAGAUACGAGCUAGGGAUAGGAAUUACACCACAUAAGGCUGGCUUCUUCUGCAAUCACCGAUUCUCCCCCUUGACAGACAUAUCCUCGCCCGUCAGAGCCGUUCUACCAUGUCAACAAUAACGCCCAGCCCCACCCUCGACCCCGACUGGACACCAUCAGUAUACGGCUGUAACAGGAAAGGUGAUUUCUGGAUCUGGGAUUACCACGCAGAAAACGAUCAACGCACGGUACUAGGAGGCCCAUCUCAGACCACCAACUGCCUCCCAUCGACCUGGGAUCCCUCGCGUGCGUAUGCCGGGACACAAUGCCCGACGGGCUACACGUCUGCUUGUCUGUCGACUGGGUCGUCGGCUACACCAACAACGACAGUUUGCUGCCCCACAGUCUAUUCGUUUAGUUGUGUUGACAACGCGAGCAAGAAUCCUCACGGUCCCUGGUUUCCUUGUAUGUCGCAGUAUGAUUAUUCUACGAAACGAAGGGUCACCGUGACCGAUUUCGCUGCGAAUACAAUCGACUUUAAGGAUGUUAAUCAGGGAACCAAUCUCCAUCUCUUUGCGAUGGGCAUCAGCCAUACCAGUCCGACCGCGACAGACCCAGCGGACUCGAGUGCAACACCGUCACCCUCCGUUACCUCUGAGCCCAGCUCUUCGAGUAGCAUAAGCGCAGGUGCAGCCGCGGGCAUUGGAGUUGGGUCUGCAGCCGGUGUUAUGCUCAUAGCGUUACUGGGAUGGUUCUUGCUCCGGCGAAGGAGGAAGGAAGAGGCGGGUGCUCCUCCAAUCGCCGAGCAUUCUGUACAGGUCGGUGAUACGAAAGAGAUGCCCUCUAACGCGCGACCCCAGGAAUUAUAUGGGGAUACGGCGAGGGAACUUCCUGGUUAAGGGAUGGAAGUGCAGGGACUUUACAUGAGUUGGUUACGCAAAGGGACUGGGUAAAAUGUAAUUGUUGUGCUGAUUGAGACCUUAAUUAAUACCCGAAUUCUU